UAGGAUGUAUUUUCUGCCAAUAAUCUAUUUGAUUUACAUGUAUUUCUUAGAUUUAUUUGCACAGUAAUUUCAUGGAACUAUUUUGCACUGUGGUAUAACAUGCAACAACAAAGCACUCCUGUGGGAUUCAAACAUCUAUGGGACAGCAUUUUUGGCUUAUUUAUAUCUCAAACUGAAAGAUGCUUGAUGAACGCAAGUAGUACAAGUUGUACUACAAGUACACAAGAAAAAAAAAGAUUUGGAAGAUGGAAAGUGGACAGAAACUGAUUGCAAGUUUGAGCAAAGGGCCAAUUGUGUGAAAGAGCUAUCGCGCCAGCCACGCCUCCCCUUUGGAAGCAGCAGAUCACACUUCUGGAGGCAAACUAUAAAGUUAGGUGCUAGGCAGCAAGUCAAAACAGGGACAGGAGAUAGAAGCAUGAAGGAGGACCUAAUUAGUGCGUCUCACUGGAGCGUGGCUUCCACUGACUGUACGAAACCUAAGGACCCGUCUAAAGUGAAAAAGGCGAUUAUGGGCAGAAACUGGAAAAGCAGACUUGGGCUCCCUUUGAAGACAAACUCCGGCAAUUCAAUGUCAAAUCUCAGGAAGAUUAAAUCACACAGGCCGACUGCAGAUGAUGUGAUCCAGUGGGCGCAGUCUCUUGACAAACUACUUAGUCAUAAAUAUGGCAAGAUGGUCUUUUUCAUUUUCCUGAAGACAGAGUACUGCGAGGAAAACAUUGAGUUUUGGAACGCGUGUGAGGAUUUCAGGAUGCUUUCAUCACACCAAGAAUUGACAUCCAAAGCCAUCAGCAUUUAUGAGGAGUUCAUUAAAAGUGAAGCUCCCAAAGAGGUCAACCUUGACUUUUACACAAAAAACAAAAUAAUCCAGAGUCUCAAUGAGCUGAAUGUGGCCAGCUUUCUGACAGCUCAAGGAAAAGUCUACAGCCUGAUGGAGAACAACUCCUAUCCAAGGUUUAUCCACUCUGACCUCUACAAAGAACUGCUGGCAGAUGCUAGAAGAGGCCGUUAAAGGCUUGAGCGUGAAUGAUGACAAUAAAAUCCCAGAAUUGCCUCAAUCAAACGGACAUAAGGGACAUACUGUUUGUGACCGCAAACAUUCACAAGUGUGGAAAGUACUGUACAGGUUAAGCUGUUUUAAGCUUAUUUUUUCACAGAUUGUUUCUGAUGAGAUGUAUGUUACCUUUUGUUCACGACACUUUUCUGAACUAUUUUAAUAUACUGUAUCAUGCUUCGAUUAUACAUCAAACACUAAAUUUAAAGCAGAGAUGUUAUACAGCAGGUGUGCCCAAGUCCGGUCCUCAAGAGCCCCUACCCAGCUUGUUUUCCAUGUCUUCCUCCUUUAACACACCUGAAUCAAAUGAUCAGCUCAUCAGCAAGGUCUGCUGGAGCCUGAUAACGAUCCUGAUUAUUUGACUCAGGUGUGUUGAAGAAGGGAGACAUGGAAACCAAGCAGGAUAGGAGCUCUCAAGGACCAGACUUGGGCACCCGUUAUACACUGUAUGCACUAUAGUAAACAACAUUUUUUUUCAUCACUGAAACAUUUAAUGUGAUUGUUUUUUUUUCUUCCAUUUCAUGUGCUAGAAGCAGUAUUGCAUGUAAGAAGUACAACUUAAUAUGAAUUUUAUUUUCAGUUUGCUGAUUCUUCAGAAGAUCCGUUUUAAUGUAUUUCAUUAUUUCGUAUUAUGUAUGGGACAACAGCCCUUUGCUAUAAAUAAAAUGAAGCCCUUGA